AUGGAGGAAGAGCUUCAACAAAGUGUAAUGGUUUCCGACGAAGACGCCGAAUACGAGACAGCGGGUGAUAUCCCGACGAUGAAUGCGAUGACGUCCGACGCACCUGAUGCCAAUAUGGGCGCUAGAGGCGCUUCUGAACACAUGGACGAUGAUGAGUUGAGCGAUCGCGACGCUUCAGGCGAGGAACUCGACAUCGAUGCCGAAGGCGAAGAGGACAACGACUUUCUCCUAGAUCAACAAAUCUCUGCCAACAACACCCACGAAAUAACACAAGCGGAAGGCCACCAUGACGAGGAAGAGGGAGAGGAGGAGGAGGAUGAUGUAGACGCGGAGGGAGAAGAAUACGAUGAAGACGAGGGAGUGGGCGACGUCAAGAUCCAGCCGGGUCAAGAGCAUGAUGAAGAAGCGAGCGACAGUGAAAGAUCAGAGUCACCGAGUGUGAUCGAUGAAGAGUCCGACGAGGAUGCCCCAUGGGAAGAUGCUGGGGAAGCUGACGAGGAUGAGGACGAGGACGAGGAAGCAGGACCAUCUAACAACUGCACGUUCUGCAAGCAGGGCGAAGAUGAAGAUCCAAGCGAGGAGUUUGAAGUAUACUUGGCAUGCGCAGGUUGUGGUGUAAAUGCACAUCAGCAAUGCGCCCGCGACGCUGCGGCAAUGAGUGAGGAUAACACCCCCGAGAAUUGGAAGUGCCCCGAAUGCUAUCAUAGGGAUUCCGACGUUGAAGAGCACGAUGAAGAUAUGGACGAUCAAAGUGUCAAUCACGACAUGGAGCUCCCCUCCCAACAAUCCGACCUUCCAGAUCAUUCUGGAGAAGUACGGUUUGAGCCAGAUGCAGAUGACGAACCUCUGACUUCUCAAAUCGACGAUGAAGCUCUACCCGAGGAACCCAUAGACGAGACUCGAACAUUGCGGAAACGAAAGUCAUCGUCCCUCGAAGAUGACGAUAAUGUCAUAUCGUUAAGAAAGCGACGACGUAAUCAGUCGAACGAGCCAACGUCUUCACAUGAAGGCACAACGCGCAAUGGAAGCGCCGAGCCAAAUCGACACAACCCUUCUCGCACGCUUCGUCUCAAAGUCACGCGCCCCCCUCCCGUCACUACGGAGAAACGUACACGCACAUCACUUGUCCUAAAGAUCCAGGUCAGACCCGGAAAUCUUAAGGAAAUACUUUCUCGCAAAAGGCGCGACAGGCGACCGCCCGGCAGUGCUGCUAGACCUUCAUCCCACCGACCAGCAGCCACUCCCAGAGCCAAUCCUAUUCCUACUCCGAUAACCGCCCUCCCAACACCUUUCACAUCAGACAACUACUCACAACCAUUCUAUUCCUUCUUUGACCGGGAGACGGACGAGAUGAAGGGCAAGCCAUACGGCGGAAUCCUCACCGAGGCGGAAGCCGACACCUCCAAGACUCUUCCAGCACCUGAAGAUCGUCGGAGAUUCGACGAUGCCAACAAAAAGGCCGAGGAUGAAUGGAGAGCACGGGUCCUCGCCAUGCAGGCAGAUGCCGACCUGCCAGUUCGAAAGCACAAGAAGUCGAGCGAGAACGCCAGCCAGAUCGAAUGCAUCGAGUUUGGCGGCUGGGAGAUUGACACGUGGUAUGCUGCGCCAUAUCCAGCUGAAUACAGUCGGAACCGCGUGCUCUACAUCUGCGAGUUCUGUCUCAAGUACAUGAACUCGGACUACGUCGCCUGGAGGCACAAGCUCAAGUGUCCAGCUAAGCAUCCGCCAGGAGAUGAGAUCUACCGUCACAAGUCGGUGUCUGUCUUUGAGGUUGACGGACGCAAGAACCCUGUGUACUGCCAGAACCUGUGCCUUCUUGCCAAGCUGUUCCUUGGCUCGAAAACGUUGUACUAUGACGUUGAGCCCUUUCUCUUCUACGUUCUAUGCGAAUACAACGACACCGGGUAUCACUUUGUUGGAUACUUUUCGAAAGAGAAGAGAGCCAGCAGCCAGAAUAAUGUCUCGUGUAUCUUGACAUUACCAAUACACCAACGCAAAGGCUAUGGUAACCUCCUCAUUGACUUUUCAUACUUACUCACCAAGGUCGAGGAAAAGACGGGCUCGCCUGAGAAGCCUCUAUCCGAUAUGGGUCUGGUGUCGUACAGAAACUACUGGCGUUUAAUUCUCUGCCGCUAUUUCUUGAACGUCAUGGAAACCGAGGACCACAAGAGCGAGGGACUCAGUAUCAAGCGGAUAUCUGACGACACGGGCAUGACCCCAGACGAUGUCAUCUCCGCCUUGGAAGGCCUCAGGGCUCUGGUCAGAGAUCCACAGACGAAGCUGUAUGCGUUCAGAGUGGAUGUGGACUACUGUCGACAAUACGUCAACAAAUGGGAGGCAAAGGGCUACGUACAACUGAAGCCAGAAGCUCUCGUCUGGACGCCGUACGUCAUGGGUCGCAGCAACGCGGUCAAUUUCGAGCUGGGCCCACCCAUCAACACCAUCGCGCCGAGAGAGGACGAUGAAGCAAAGGUUGACGAAGGAGAAGGAGUCGACACGGUUGGCACCGAGAGUCAACCAACUACAAAUGGAGAGGGCAAGAGUGUGGCCGAUGCAGAUACAAAUGGGGAGCAUCCGCUAGUGAACGGCGAAGCUGCAGCAACCCCUGUUCAAUCCAUUGAGGAGGUUGAUCCGGACCAGGAGGAGCAGCCUGGAUCACCCAAGGACAUUGAGAUGGGAGAUACAGUGGAAGAUGGGCCACCAGCUUGGGUUUUGCCAUACAAAGAUAUUCCUCCCAACCGGUUUGAGGUCUUUCCAGCUGUCCCUGGUGGUCGGCGGGAUCGUUCGCGGCAGAGUGCCAACCGGCCAUCAGCACCUCGAACCGUCAGCAGCGCUUCAAGGCCCAAACGCAACGGUAAGAGUCACCGGCCUUCUUCAUCCUCUAGACCCAAGAGCGCCUCAAAACGAAAAACCGGUGGGACGGGCCGUGGACCCGGCCGCUGGCCAAAGGGAACCAAGAAGUCAGACUACGGAAACGCUGAUAGCGGUCCUGGUCUACCGCCUGGGUGGUUAGACAAGCAACCCAAGCUGCUACCCAUCACGGAAGGCAACGAUGCAGAGCAGGAGGUGACGGGAGAAGAGCCAGCGGAGGACUCGGUCGUAGUCUCUACCAAGACGAACGGUGCCCCGGCCAAUGGAGACGCUGUCGAGCCCAACGGCACUGAAGCAGCGACGGAUGGUGAACACCACGAAGACGACGAGGGUGACGUCGACGCCGAAGGAGAAGAUGUUUGA